CCCACACAACGAGCACCUGCCACCUCUUUUCCUCUUCAUACACUUUUUCACUUCGGACUUUAAGGAAGGCUUUAUGUGGAUGGAGUGGUGACAAGAGUUUUGCGCCUGGUGUAGGCUCAUUCUCGGGGUGGGUUCUGGUCUGAGCAGACGUUUUUUGACGGCAGGAAAACUUUGGUAACUCGUACAAAAGAAACGCCGAGCAGCCUCCGUCAAAUGGACAGAAACACGCCGCGUUUGGUAGUUUUAGAGUGUUUUGUACGUGGUGGGAUUUAUGGAUAGCUGCGUCCGACGCCGCGGAAUGUAACAGCUAACACAAGCGCCUCAGCCGCCGGAGUUACCUGUAGUGAAGUCUCGGAAGGUUAACUCUGCUGUCAUUUCCAUGGAGACGACCCGGGCCCUCCUCCCACUCAUCCUCCUCUUACUGAGUGUGUGCGCGCACAGUUGUCAUGGCAACCUCCGCCCGACCCCCAGAGUGUAUCUGUCUUACAAAGAGCUGCUGGAAACAAGGAGCAUCCGGCCAUUCAGCUUCUCCUUCAACACCACCGACUAUCGAAUCCUCCACAUGGACCAGGACCAGGGGCGACUCUACUUGGGCAGCUGCGAAUAUAUAGUCUCUCUGGACAUGCAGAACAUCAACAAGGAGCCACUCAUUAUCCACUGGCCUGCUACUGCCCAAAGAAAAGCGGAGUGCAAGAUGGCAGGAAAAGGAGGACAAGGAGAGUGUGCAAACUUUGUGCGCCUGAUCGAGCCAUGGAACAGGACCCAUCUGUACACAUGUGGUACUGGCGCUUACAAGCCCAUCUGCACUUUCGUUAACAGAGGCUGGAGGGCUGAGGAAUACCUCUUCCGACUGGUGCCUGGCUACGUCGACUCUGGAAAAGGGAAAUGUCCUUAUGAUCCACGCCAAGAAAAUGCUGCUGCUCUAAUUAAUGGGAACCUGUAUGCUGGGGUGCAUGUAGACUUCAUGGGCACAGACCCAGCCAUAUUCAGGACCCUAGGAGACAGACCUGCUGUCAGGACAGAGCAGUAUGACUCACGGUGGCUUAAUGAGCCUGUGUUUGUAAAAAUUCAGAAAAUUCCAGAUAGUACAGAGAAGAACGACGACAAGCUGUACUUUUUCUUUCGGGAAAAGAGUUUGGAUGCAGCAGGAGGCAGCACCCCCAGUGUGCUGGCCAGAGUGGGGAGAGUUUGUCUGAAUGAUGAUGGAGGUCAAAGGUCAUUGGUAAAUAAGUGGACAACUUUCUUGAAGGCACGUUUGGUCUGUUCUGUAAUUGGGACAGAUGGAGUCGAGACAUAUUUUGAUGAACUAAGGGACGUCUUCAUUCAGCGUACUAAUGAUGAACGUAGUCCUAUGGUGUAUGCGCUCUUCUCCACUGCUGGGUCUGUGUUUAAAGGUUCAGCAGUGUGUGUGUACUCCAUGUCUGACAUCAGAAAUGUCUUUAAUGGACCCUUUUCUCAUAAACAUGGGCACAAUUACCAGUGGACCCCUUACACUGGAAAAAUUCCUUACCCACGCCCGGGGACAUGCCCUGGAGGAACAUUCACUCCUGGAGUCCACAGCACCAAAUCCUUCUCUGAUGAAGCUGUCAACUUUGUUCGCGCUCACCCUCUAAUGUACCAUCCCAUAUACCCUACACACAAGCGCCCCCUGGUGGUGCGGACAGGAGUGGACUACCGCUUCACCACAAUCGCUGUUGACAUGGUGGAUGCUGUGGAUGGGAGAUAUGAGGUGCUCUUUCUGGGGACAGACAGAGGAACAGUUCAGAAGGUGAUUGUACUGCCGAAAGAUACAAGCACGACAGAAGAGCUCAUUCUUGAAGAGGUGGAAGUUUUUAGGACACCAGCACCAGUGAAAACUCUGAAAAUUUCCUCUAAAAGGCAACAGCUAUAUGUGUCAUCGGCACGCGGACUUACCCAGGUGUCUUUGCAUCGGUGUCCAGCUUAUGGUAAAGCUUGCUCUGACUGCUGUCUGGCCAGAGACCCUUAUUGCGCCUGGGACGGAGAGAGCUGCUCUGCUUUUACCCCUGCAACCAAAAGGAGAAGCAGGAGACAGGAUAUCAAACAUGGCGAUCCGUUACGUCAGUGCAGAGGCUUCAACUCUAAAGUAGAGAAGCGUCUGAGGGAGACAGUGCAUUUCGGGGUGGAGGGCAGCAGUGCGUUUCUGGAGUGUCAGCCCAGGUCUCCUCAGGCUACUGUAAAGUGGUUCUGUCAGAAAGAUGGCAAACGUAAAGCGCUCAAUCGUGAUAAAGAUGUCCUGAAAACAGCUCAUGGCAUCCUGCUGAAGUCACUGAGCCAAUCAGAUGCCGGCCUCUACCACUGCCUGGCCACGGAGAACAACUUCAAGCACACAGUGGCCCGUGUGGCCCUGCGCAUCCUCGACCGUGAGAUUGUGGAGGCCCUGACGGCUCCAGACGGCCCCUCAGACCCCGAGCGCAAUCACCAACACGACGAGCAGCACCGCCUGCCUCCUCCUCCUCCCCCACCUCAAACCCUGCCCCCACCUCUCCAGUUGCACCCACAGCCCGAGGUGACGCUCAUCAACCAGUAUUGCCAGUCCUACUGGAAACAGCCUACCAAGCCCAAGCGCACUAACCGCAGACAUACAGAGAAAUUAGAGCCUGAGGAGCUGCAAGUGCAGUGAUUAUGUUGAGUGAAAAUCCUCACAAAACCACUUUUUGGUUGCAUUCUGUAUAUUGUGUGAGCAGGCAGAUUCACUAUAAACUGUUUCUAAGCUAAAUGUCAUAUUCAUCCCCUGGGGCCAUGCACAAGGUCAAAGCCAAUAGACUUAUUUUAUACAUUUGGAAUUUUACACUGCAUGUUGGAUAUUGGGUAACACGCAUGGUGCUGUUCCUUCAGCUCGGUUUUGACUUUGGCUUAUCUAAAAUUACAAUUUAUGUCUACAUGUUUGCAGUGCAAUGCAUUUUGGGAUCAUUUACAUUCACAGAGCUAGCAGUUUAGCAGUUAUGCUACACCUACAUUCUACGCACUUUCCUCAUUGUUCAGUCACAUCUGCCUAUAGUAAGUGUAAGUGUUUCGAAAAAAAAAAAUGAAAAAAAAAAGAAACUGAUUCACACCAGCAUUAAGUAUAUAAGGUUAAGUCUGUUUUGUUUACCAGUGACAGUUUAAAGAGAAAAAAAAACAGUGUUCCAUAAUCACUGUAGUUGUAAUUGCUUGUAUUUAAAGCUUGUUAUGUUGAGUCAGAUAAUUGUUAAUCCUGUGUGUGGAAAAACAGCAGUGGAAGAAAAACUGUUCUGUUUGAUUCCACCGCUUUUCAAAGCACAACCAUUUGCUGAUUCAUCAAAAAAAAAAAAAAGCCUUUUGGUACAGUAUUGGGAUGUAAUCAUGACAUGCAUUAUGCUGACCAAUAUUAUUGUAAUCAAGACCAAGGGUGAAUUAUAAUCAGGCUGUGUAAAGGUAGAUAUGGUAGCUUUCCUUUUCAGUCUUUAAUAGUAAGUACUCAUGAACAAGUCUGCAUCAGACAAAUCACAGCUGCAAUUUUUGAAAAUUUCGAGUGUCGUGAUGUGUUUUAUUUAUACCGAUUAAUAUCAGACAGUGUUUAUAACAAUAUAAAAGUCACAAGUGGCAUUAUUAUCAGGUCAUUAUAAGUAAUUAAUACUCUAAAAGCUAAAAUCUACUCUAUUCUAUUAAUAGUGAGAAGACAUUAAAGAAAUUUACUAGGAUUUGAGGUGGAUGUAGGUUCUCUGUGUUUGAACAGGAAGGAUGGGAUACUUUUCAGUAUGGACCAAAAUCUGCUUCAGCCUCCUGUCAUAGAGGGAUCUGCAAUGAUUGAGAAUAUUUAGAAAAAGUCAAACAUUUUUAUGGCUGUGGUACGUUUUUGCAUAUGAAUACAAGUACAUAAUUCUAGGGGAAAAUAACAGUCUACUUGUUUAUGUCCUAUGUAAAAAAGUUGUGUGCAGGGAAUGUAAUGUGGGAGAACCAUGUAUGGUAUUUUUCUUGCAUAAUCAGAAUCAAGGUCAUAUUUUGGUGGGAAUUUUUGUAACUUAUUGUUGCAUUUUCCAGAUCAAACUCCAUAUCUGAACUUUGUAACACAAAAAUAGUCGUUCUGUAACUCCGGCACUAUUUACAUAUCAGUGGUAAAUGUUUCCUGUGGUCAGCUGUGGUCUUGUGCUUGUGUAUAAAGACAGUCCUUGUGUAUGGUUUUGUGUAUGAUUAUUACACAUGUACAUAAAAGUGGUAGGUAUUUGAUUGUUGGUCAAAUUUGAACCCCUCUCUCUCUCUCUCUCUCUCUCUCUCUCUUUCUUCUCACACAACAUAUUUAUUUUGAGAAUGUACAUAUUCAUGGCCAUUGUUCUGUUUGAUGGUGGAAUAUGAGUGGAAAUAGCAGAUUUUAUUGUGUGUACUCUCUAACAGGACCAGAAUAUACAGACUCACAAAGAUGCUUCAACGGUCUAGUCCGUUCCAUGGGCAUGGGUGUUUUUUUUUUUUUGUUGUUGUUGUUGUUUUUUUUUGUUUUGUUUUUGUUUUUUGUGUUUUUCCAAUAUAAUGAAUCCAGUGUAAGAAAGAAUGACUUUUAAUGACAUUUAACUGCGGUUCAGACUGACUUAUAGGAAAAAAUAUAAAAUGUAAACUUGUCAUUUGACUAAAAAAGUAAAGUAACUUUGAAACUGAUUUUGUAUGAAAAGUUUAUGGACAAAACACAAAAAUCCUCAUCAGUGAUAUGUAUGUAUAUUUAGGCUGGAAAGCACAGAGAUGCUGUAUGGGGACUUGCGCGAAAGUCCAAACCGUAAUAGUUUCUAUUCUUUUAAAUGUUAUUGUGGUGAAAGAAAUGGGCUUUUAUAGAAAAUGUUGUAUGCAACACAGAUGAUGUUUGUUCUUCUGUAUCUUUGCUCAAGUGGCUGCAUAGUACAAUAAUUCUCUUAUGUAUUCACUGUGUUUUUGUUAGCUUAAGUUAACGUGGUCAUUUGUAAUAAAUAAUAUUUUAUUAUGUUUAUAUUGUGAGGUUGGAAAUACUCAUAGAUGUUUUAUAAUCAUAACAAUAAACUGCUGUAUUUGUUCUUAUUUAA